GUCCACACGUGGUUGGUCUGGUGUACACCACGCACGCAGACGCAAGCAGCGGCUCAGAAAUGGCGGCCGAUACUGUCAGCUCUUCGCUGCAGCUACCCUGCGUUUUUUCACCAAAAUCACGACAGUACUUGGCAUUAUGUGCCCAGGACGGCAGACUUCGCAUUUGGAACACAGACAGUAAAACACUUCACCAAGAAUACGUGCCAUCAGCCCAUUUGAGUGCCACUUGUAUCUGCAUAACCUGGGGACCAUGCCGGACAGUCAAGGAGGGGCCCCAGAGGAAGAAGAGGAAAUCGGAGCCCGGGCAGAUGGAGGAGAAGGCAGACCUGUUGGCGAUGGGCACGGCAGCGGGCAGUGUCCUCAUUUACAGUACAGCGAAGGGAGCCCUGCACUGCACCCUGGAUGGAGGCCAUAGCGGAGGGGUGAAUUGUGUCCAGUGGCACCCUGAAGACAGUCUAUUAUACAGCGCCUCAGAUGAUACAAACAUCGUAGAGUGGGACCUGCAGACGGGCAAGGCGAGAAGUAAGUGGAAGGCGGACCGUGCAGCGGUGACCAGUUUGUGUGUGAGCCCUGACGGCAAACUGCUGCUCUCAGCCGGUCAGGUUAUCAAGAUGUGGGACUUGGACACCAAGGAGGUUUACAGGAAGUUCACAGGCCACUCUACGGCCGUGACGACCCUGCGCUUUGCCACCACACGACCCCCCGAGAGCAACGGCCUUUACUUCCUGUCCGGCGCCGCACACGAUCGGCUGCUCAGUGUCUGGCAAGUACGAGAAGACGGAAAGGACAAGAAUUCAGUGGUGUCCUUCACGCUGACGGACGAGCCACAGCACAUCGACCUCAUCGCGUCCAACAGCAAGGAAGAGGCGGUGAGGCUGGCGGUGGUGUGUAAGGACGGGCAGCUGCAUCUCUUUGAGCACUUUUUAAAUGGGCCCUGUAAGAAGCCGUUGUCCCCUUCGUGUACUGUGCAGAUGUCGGACACCAAGGACUCCCCGGUGCCGAUCCCGCUGCUGGCUGCUGCCCUCAGAGUCGGUACGCGGACUGUGCUGCUGGGCUACGGCAACCACCUGCAGCCUGUGAUGGAGAAAGUGGAGAUCAACACAGCAGAGAGACACGUGUGUUUGACCCGGGAUGUUCACACCAGCUUGUCCCUUUCCAUGGAAACCGCCGUCUCCAAGGUGAAAACCCCUGUUGUGAACGCCAAGAGCAGAGUGUUGGUCCCAGGGCUCCCUGGUCACCAAGCCCCCAUCAAGGGAACACCGCAGGGAUCGGACAAGAGGAAAAAAGACACCGACACCAAAGAGAUGUCCAUAGCGGAGCGGCUAAGGGAAAUCGAUCUGUCUACAGUCUCCGUCGACAAGGGGGCCCCUAAAGGGACGGCCUCUCUACAGACGGACAACUUUGCGGUGCUGCUGCUGCAGGGCCUGGAGAGCAAAGACGCCAGCAUCCUCAAUAAAGUUUUCCAGACUCGUAAAGAGAUGGUGAUAAAGAAAACGGUUGCCCGGUUACCCCUCUCUGCUGUUUUGCCUUUGGUGGAAGAGCUCACAAAGAGGCUCCAAGGGCAUCCUUUUACGGCCGUUUUAAUGGUGCGGUGGCUCAAGGCCGUGCUCAUGCACCACACAUCAUACCUGGCAUCGCUGCCAGACCUGGUUACCCAGCUGGGAGUGCUUUAUCACAUGAUUGAGAGCAGAGUGAAGAUGUUCCACAAGCUAACAAAGCUGCAUGGGAAACUCUAUCUGCUAACGACACAGGUGGCAACAAGUGACAGCAGCAAGAGCGUUAUGGACAUUGACCACACAGCAAAGCUGGUGUAUGAAGAAGAAUCAUCUGAUGAAGACGAGGCCUCCGGUGACGAAGGUCUCCCCGACGACGGUGACGACUCUAACUGGGAGGAGGACGAGGCGAUGGAGGAAGACAAGGAGGACGAUCCGGACAGCAGAACAGAUUCCAAAGCGAAUGGAGAGGAAGACAUGGAGCGUGGGAACGAGAGCGAAGAGGAGUGAGGACGAGGGGGGAGGAAUGCCCAUCACACGUAAAAUGGACCUGAAAGAGUUAUAUAUACUUUCAUUUUAUUUUCAUGCUUUUGAUUUUAAUAUCGGAACAAAGUAUGGUUUUACAAAAAAGAAAUCAAGGGACUCAUGGUGAUGAAAUCUGGGCAGCUGCCACGCCACAACACCGUUCAACCACAAGGGAGAUGAUGUCAUCUUCCCACCCCCCCCCACCCCCCUUCUGAGGAACAGAUGCAGCAUUUUGCGGAGUCGCGUUAAACAUUCUGCUGUCAGUUCAGUCUGCAUCCCAGCUCUACCUACCUGACCAGUUUGCAUUGAAGAAUGACUUAAUCAUUUAAUGGUGUUCCAGUUUGCCUACACUGCGGUGUGCAUUCCAAAUUUUUUCAUGUCAUUAUGUAAUAAUAAAUAGUAUUAGAGUAUAUUGUUUAAGCUUAACCGCAGGUGAGACGGUACUCUUGUCUGCGAUCUCUUUAUUCUGAGAGAACUCCGUAGGCCAUCUGGAGCCGCUCCACAAACGCAGUGCACGUGUGGAGUUGUGAUGCAGCCCCCACCCGCCCCCCCAGGUGACCAUACGUCAUGUGCCCAAACAAUGUAAAUCUGUAUGUACAGUGAAGUGUUUGUAUGAGCUCUUCCUCUACAGCUGUCCCCUCACAUGCUUGGGAUUAAAUGAUCUCCUGUAAAGUC